GAAUUCUGAUGUGAACGUGUUUUGCGUUUUCACACUGUUGUUCGUUCAAGUAGGUUCUCCAUUUGGCAUACGAUGGCCACGUCUUCUGAUUCUUUUGACUCAGAGGAUGAAUUAGACAAUGAAAUGUGCAUCGGUGGUUAUAGAGGAGACAUUGUUGGAAUCCGCUACUAUCGUGGUACAGUGAACAACAACGAAAUGGUUUCACUUGUGCGCGAACCGCGCAACCCCUAUGACAGAAAUGCUGUCCGAGUUGACAAUGUCUAUGGCAUACAAGUAGGGCAUAUAAAGAAAGAGUUAGCUCUAGCUCUGGCUGAUGUGAUUGAUAGCAAAUUGGUCAGAGUAGAAGGUGUUGUUCCCUUUGGAAAAAACAACAUUUAUACUAUGCCUUGUGACAUUGCGUUUUGGGGGAAACCAGAAAAUGAGCAAGAGGUUAUCCAGAGAAUGCGUCAGCAUGGGUACAUUUUGAAGACAUGUAGAGAGCCAAUACCACAGAGAGGUGGAGUCCCUAGACUUGACCUUCACUCAUGGAUAGGAACUGGUAGACCUCCUUCUAUGAGAAUCUCCCAGGAUCAGAUGACCAGAGAAUUGGACAAGCUAUUCGAAAAGCUUGGGAAAGAGGGCAAGCUGGAAUCUGUGGAACCUGCUGAGGCCAUAAAAUCUGUGUUAUUCCCGCAUCAGAAGCAAGCUCUGGCUUGGAUGAUUGCUCGAGAGAAUUGCAAAGAUCUUCCACCCUUCUGGAAAGAAAGAACUGUUGGGGGCAGGAAAGAAUAUUUCAAUACAGCCACUAACUAUGCAACAGGAACACGGCCCAAAUGUGUGCUUGGAGGGAUUCUAGCUGAUGAUAUGGGACUUGGGAAGACUCUGGAAGUCAUUUCACUUAUUGUCACAAAUUUUUAUGAUGGAAAACCACUGGUUACUUUGGCAAAUAGGAAACCCACUGUGACAAAUGCAUCCAAGCAAAGGAAACAAUUAAAAAAAGGAACAAGCCAAAGGGUAAAGCGAAAGUGGAGGAAUGAAGAAGAAUUUCUGAAUGAUGAGUAUGAUGAGGAAAUUGUUGAGGUCAUUGAUAAGGAUAACUGUGAAAUUGCUGAAGAAGAUGAUAAGGAUGAUGAUGAAGAAUACUUAGUUGAUGUGCCAUUUAACAUGGCCAGUAAAGAAGAUCCGAACUUCAGUCCUGGUAUAGAUUCUUUGAAGAAGGCUUGUAGCUCUCAACCAAUCAGGAGAUCAUCAAGAACCAACAAGAGACCAGUGCGGUAUGUUGAAGCUGAAGUGUCCAGUGAAGAAGAGGACAGUGAUGUUCUGCAGGUUGCUCAGGAUACAAGCAGUGACAUAGACAGGACUGCUCCAAUUCCCUCUUCAGGAAAGAAACCAAGAAAAGUUUUAAAUGAAGAUGAAAAGAUGGAAUACACUCAUACCAAAGAAGAUCAAACAAUACCAAAAAGCAGCAGGAAAAAAACAGCCAGAAAAGAUGCCAAGAAAAAGGUGAAGAGUAACAAGAAAGCAGGGAAAAAAGUUCAAAAUAUGCCAAGAACGGUAACUGAUGUGGACCAAACUAUUGCUGCAAUCAACAAUCCUCCCCUACCAUCUCUUCCACAAGAUUUGGCAUCAACCUCUAAAGAGAAACCAACAGCUUUAAGUACAUGUAGCAGUGUUGUGCAGCAGUUUCCAGCAGUGUCACCUGAUCCUGCUGUGGCAGGGUCGACAAAGUUGAGCAGACAAGAGACUGCAAAGAUGGGACCAAGACCAACUUUGGUUAUCUGCCCAUUGUCUGUGCUAAGCAACUGGCAGUAUCAGUUUGACAAUCAUGUCCAUGUGGGACUGUUGAAUGUGUAUACUUACUAUGGCUCUGAGCGCACAAAGGAUCAAAACUUGCUAGCUGAACAAGAUGUUGUUCUAACUACCUACCAGACGUUAUCUUCUGAAUUCUCCAAGAAAACGUCUGCGCUUAUUGACACACUAUGGCUCAGAGUUGUUCUCGACGAAGGGCAUGUGAUCAGGAACCCCAAUGCCUUGAUGUCAAAAGCGGUCCUUGCCCUGAAGAGUGAACGCCGAUGGGUUAUAACAGGGACGCCAAUCCAGAACUCUGUGAAGGACAUGUUCUCAAUUAUAAGCUUUCUAAAGCUGGAGCCAUUCACAGACAGACAGUGGUGGAGACGAACAAUGGAGAGACCGAUCAGUGAAGGUGAUCAGAGUGCGUUGAGCCGGUUGCAGUCACUAAUGGGAAGUAUUGCACUGAGGCGCACUAAGACACAACAAGUGAAUGGAAAACCGCUGGUGGAACUACCGGACAGACAAGUGUUUGUGCAGCCUGUGGAGUUAUCACUUGAGGAGAGAAAGCUGUACGAUUCCAUGGCUAGAGAGGGAAAACUUGUUAUUGGCAAAUAUUUCAAGACUGGAAAUGUACUUCAGAAUUAUGCUGAUGUGUUGGCGAUUCUUAUGCGGCUCAGACAGCUUUGUUGUCACCCUAAGCUUUGCGCUACAGCGCCUGCGCUGGCCUCAAAAGAAGGCUGCUCCACACCGGAGGAACUCCGCCAGAAGCUGGUAUCCACCCUUGUCACUCUCCUGAGCUCAGGGGCUGAUGAGGAGUGUCCUGUGUGUCUGGACUCACUCUCAACCCCAGUGAUAACCCACUGUGCCCAUGUCUUUUGCCGGAGAUGCAUAGAAGAUGUGAUCAAGACGACAGCUGUGAACCCUCGUUGUCCUCUUUGCCGCGGUAACAUUAGCCAGGAUGUGUUGGUAGAAGUCCCACCGGAGACGGAGGAUGCAGAUGAAAUUGACGGGUCUGAAGAGUGGCACUCCAGUUCAAAGAUUGACACACUGAUGUCUCUCCUGACAAAGCUCAGAAAAGAAGAUCAUUCAGUGAAAAGUCUGGUCAUCUCUCAGUUCACGUCCCUGCUAAACAUCGUUGAGACGCCACUGAAAGCAGAAGGGUUUAACUUUGUUCGAUUGGAUGGCAAGAUGUCGCAGAAGAAAAGAUCUGAAGUGAUAGAAUUAUUUGAUGACCGAGGUCCUGACUCACCUAAAGUGAUGCUGCUGUCGCUGAAGGCUGGAGGUGUUGGACUGAACCUGACGGCAGCUUCCAGAGUUUUCCUUCUUGACCCUGCUUGGAAUCCUGCAGCUGAGGAUCAGUGUUUCGACAGAUGCCACAGAUUAGGACAGACCGAGGAUGUUAUAGUAACUAAGUUCGUUGUGAAAGACUCUGUGGAAGAACGUAUGCUUGAACUUCAGAAGAAAAAGAGGGAAUUGAUGGCAGGAGCGUUUAAUACCAAAUCAACUGCAGAAGAUAGACGACAACAGAGAAUUCGAGACGUUAGAACACUCAUGGACUUUUAGACUUGACCUGUUCUUUUUAGAUAUUCAUAUCUCUCGUCUUCAUUACGGCCUUACCAUUACUGGUUUACACCUUUGAUAAGAUGAAAAAUCACAUGGAUGAGAAGAGAUAUGAAAACAUUUUCUCUCGUAUGGCACCACACCUUAGUUAUUUUGUUUUGUUGUUUAACGUCUAAGUAUUCUGUAGCUUGAACUCUACCCAGGUUUGAACCGAACAGAUCUGUUUUUAAAUCUUCUGCUCGUUCUUGUUACAUUUUAAAGGGUAUGAGAAAUAAUAUUUUGCUUCCGAGUGCCUUUUUCUGUCGGUUAGUUAAUCUGACCAAAGUUCCAGUUGAAUUUUAAAAAAUAUUAUACGUAUUUUGAUCGUUGUUAAAAAGUUUUGUGAUCGACUAGACAUGUAAAGAAAUUUUUUCUGUGUUAUAGAAUAUGAUAUUUGCAAAAGUGUCCAGCAUCGACUUGAUAUGUUCUUUAUUUUACCGAAUUCAUAGUGGUCACA